AUGAACAAUAUUCUUCCUCAGUACUCAGAACAUUGUUUGCAACCAGGUCGUUCAUCUGUCCACUCAGUUCAGUCACUGGGUCCUACCGAGGCGUGCUGUACUACUCUUAAUCCUUGGGGUUCGGGUUCAAGGUGCUUGGGCGUAGUUGCUGUCCUGACUAUUGGUCAGACUGGGCAAACUGGUGCGGGAUCAUCGUCUCCGCCUUCCGGUAGUGAGUUGGACCCAGAUGCCGAAUGGCAAGGACUCGAUUCCUCUUUUUCCAAGAUUCCACUUCCGCGAUACAAGAGUCCAGAG